AUGACGCAAACAAUUCAUGUUCUUGCUGUUAUAAUUUCGUUCGUUGCUUUCGCUCAAACAUCGGCAAUAUCACUAAGUGCUGGUAUAGGUCAAUGCUUAAGUGAUUUAGCAACUGAAGAACUUGCCGUUUCAUAUAAUUAUCUUCAAUUAUCAUCGAAAUUCGGUACAACAAAUGCCUAUCCGGGUUUUUCAAGUUUAUUCACAAAAUUAAGCGAUGAUGAUUCAUCGAAAGCUCACGAUCUUGUUAAAUUUCUUGCCUUACGCAAAGCUCCAAUUGUGCGAUUAAUUAAAAAAGAUGGCAUCGAAAUUCAUCGUGAAUUAGCCGGCGUCCUUGAUAUCUAUCAAGGCCUAACAGAAGCUCGUCGUCAAAAUAAAGCCGUAUGGGAUGAAGUUGUUCGUUGUCAUGGCGAAGCCGAUAAUGCUAAAGAUGCCAACGUGCAAGAUUAUCUUGAAUCCCAUUUACUUGAUCAUCAUAUUGAAAUCGAUAAACUUUUAGCUGAUCUCGAACAUCGUGUUAAUAGCGUUCAAGCAUCGGAAAAGAAAUUAACAACAUUUAUGGUCGAUGAAGAACUUUUAGAAACAUACGGUGAUCGUCGUAAAGAUAUUUUUUCAUAA